UGCAAUACCGUCCCGCCGUGUCGAAUACUACCAAGAGCAGUCUCUUACUCACAUCUACCAAGCCUAUCUUCUGACUCACGCGACGUGAUUCAUUCUGGGUACCUUUGAUAAGAACCGAGACAACGUGCUAGACGCAUGUCCAGAACUUCGUCUCGUCACUACCAGAACAACCACAUCUCCCACACGCCUAAUCAGCAUUUUCUGCAACAGACUCCUGCAUUCGCAUUUCAUUCCGAUUUUACGCUCUUCGUCGAACAUCCACGGGCUUACUGCCACCCCGCUUCGUUCUUGGCGCAACCUGAACUUGCAAAAUUGGCCUCUUGCAAGGAAAGUCAUCAGAAAUUACAGCGCUAGUAAGAGGAUUUCGUAUUCUCCAGAUAUGGCUCGUGGUGGCCGUCGCGGUGGCCGAGAGCAGUCUCGUGACGAACAGAUCUCUAGAGCGCUGAGUAAGCUGUUACGGCACAAUGCGCAUCAGGAGAAGUUGGAGGUUCUGGGGGGUGGAUGGAUUAGGCUGGACAUGGUUCUCUCGUCACGACCUCUCAAACCCCUCAAAAUCACUCUCCCCGAAAUCAUAACGCAAGUAACAUCCUCCGACAAACAACGAUUCGCCCUGAAGCCCCUUGAUCCCGCCUCUUCCUCCACUUCAGCCGACCAAGCUUCGACGGAACCUUCCGCCUUCGCCGCCGCAAUCUCCCCUGAUGCUGACCCUGCCGACUAUCUUAUCCGCGCAACCCAGGGCCACACGAUCAAGUUUGACCUGGAGGAUCUAAUCACGCCCAUCACCCCUGAAAACAUGCCCGGUCUCGUUGUUCAUGGCACAGAUCACCGUGCAUGGACGCAGAUCCUGACGAGCGGUGGAUUGAAGCCGAUGGGGCGCAACCACGUGCACUUUGCGACGGGCUUACCAAAGGGAUUCACAGAGCUGCAUGACGAUGGGACGAGCGCAAAGGACAGUCAAUCAGAUGACACGGCACCAGUCGUGGUAUCGGGAAUGAGGACGAGUAGCACGGUGCUCGUAUACCUGGAUCUGGAGAAAGCGAUGGCGGCAGGGGUGAAGUUUGGGAUCAGUGAGAAUGGCGUGGUUUUGAGCGGGGGCAAUGAGCACGGAGUAGUGAGCGUGGAUUUCUUCCAGAAGGUCGAGGAUCGCAAGAAGAACGUAUUGCUUAUGAAAGAUGGGGUGCUUGUGGGUGAGAAGUAGAUCAAGCUG